CCCAUGCGCGCUGCCUUCAGCACCACUGCUCGCGCCAUGAGCGAAGGUGACACCGGUGCUCCUCCCAAGACCGGCGGCGCAGGUGACGCCUUCCAGCGCCGUGAGCGGGCCUCCGAGGAGUACGCCAUCCGCCAGCGCGAGAAGGAAAAGCUCGUCGAGCUCAGGAAGAAGCUCACCGAGCAGCAAGAGCACCUCGAUCGCCUUGCCAAGCACAUCGAUGAGAUUACCAAGGACCAGGGCGGCGAGCAGAACUAAAGAGGAGACCAACACUCUAAAGGGAUAUCGGAACUUAGGAAGGACAAAAAAAGAAGAAAAGAAGAAAAACCACCCAUCUCAUGUCGGGCCAUUCACUAAGCUGAGCUGUUUAAGCUGAAGUUUGUGAAC